CCCAAUUCGGAAACGCACGCCCCCCUGUGUGGGUGGGAAGCUUGCGCCGUAUGUUUUUGUUUUAUGCGCCGAAGUUUCUGUCGACCCAAUACGUCACCUAUGAGCCUCGUCGGCGGCGGUCAGAGAAGCCAUAUAAAGCCGUUGAUCAAGCACGACAUGCAACGGCAGCUCCACGCCAACACUGACGAGUGAACCACCAUCAUGUCUUUGACACGCUUCUUUUACGACCCCUUCACUGAGUUCGAAAGUCUCUUUGAUGACGCUUUGAACACGCGGUUCUCCCGUCCUCGCACUUCUUGGGCAGAUGUUGGUACCCGUGACCCCACCUCGCGCGCACUAGAAACUUUCAGACCAAGGCUAGAUUUGCAGGAGAAUGUCGAUGCGAACACCGUCGCAGCAAGAGUGGAGCUCCCCGGUGUGAAACCGGAAGAUAUCUGCCUUGAGGUCCAGAACGACCGUCUCACGAUUUCGGGAGAGACCUCUGCCGCCGCGACGCGGGACGAGGGAAACUUCGUCGUCCGCGAACGCUCAUAUGGCAAGUUCUCUCGUACCUUGGUGCUCCCGCCGGGUACAAAGCCUGAAGAUAUCAAGGCGAACUUGGACAGCGGCGUCCUGACAGUGACAUUCCCAAAGGCUCCCUCUGACCAGUUGCCGAAGCGCAUUGCGAUUACGUAAAAGCUGAUCUAAUGAAGUCGAAGCGUGAGUUGCAACGAGAGGAAUUGCCAGCUGCGACUGUAUUCUCUUGCUUUUUUUAAAAAAAGGGAGAUAAAAGAAGAA